CACUCCCCGCCCCUGCUCGACCGGAGACGGGGUGUGAUUCCCGGCUGGGAGAAUGUGACGCCUCGGUGUCUCCGGUGUUUAUUUUUUUAACUCAUUAGAACGAGCGGCGGAACGUUUUUUCUGUGCUUGUGUCGAUCUUCGGUUCCUCGGUCGUGCCCUCGCUGCGGAGACACCUGGACGGAGCCGGACGGGCAGGAGGAGAUCCGCGCGUGUGGCUGAUCCGCGGUUCUAUAAUAUGUCCAGGAGAAAACAGACCAACCCCUUCAGAGUUGACUGGCCAUUCCACACUUCAGGCAUCACAGGAAUACAGCACACUAUUAACAUGGACGGCAGGGACGAAUUCCCCGAAGACAGUGAAUGCUGCAGCAACAACUCCCGGGAGGUCCAAGGGCAGGAUAGCAUCACAGAAGACAGCGACAGUGACCUCGACAACCACGGGGAAGACUCGUCCUCCAACUGCUCCGCCGACGACCACAUGUCCACCAACAGAACACCGUGCCGCCUCCAGGGAGCGGGAGUCAAAGAGGAGAGUGAGGACGGGACCGAGCACAUCAGCACCUUUGUCUGUCCUCUCUGCCCGCUGGAUUUCAGCAGCCCUGAGAAACUCAUCUCCCAUGUCUACCAGCACACGGCCAUGAUGAGCAACACCAAGAGCUACGUGUGCCCGGUGUGUGGGCGGGCCCUGAGUUCGCCUGGCUCCCUCGGACGCCAUCUUCUCAUCCAUUCCGAGGACCGCCUCUCCAACUGCGCUGUCUGCGGCGCACACUUCACAGACAUCAACAACUUUAACAGGGAGAAGCUUAAAGACGUCCUCGAAACAAACAGGAUGGAUGUCAGUGGUGGAAGGGACUGCUCCAUGUCCCCGUCCCUCUCCAGCAGCCCCAUGGACAGCCCAGGCUCCGGCCCUCGCUCCUGCCAUGGACCAGGCCCCAGCCCGAGUUCAUGUCAGGGUCCGCGCCCGUGUCAAGCACCUGACCCAAACCCCAACUUAUGUCAAGCCCAUAGCACCUGCCAGGGACAAGGCCACAUCUCGAGCCAGUGUCAAGGCCCCAGGUCAUGUCACGGCCUGGGUUCUGGGUCGUGCUCGGGCUCCGACCAAGGACCUGCCUUCCCCUCGCUGCCCGACAGUCUCCUCUCUGAAGGGCCGUCACUCGCAUCUAUCCCCGAUGCGCUUAACUCCUCUUCCUCAGGCCUUCCUCCCAUCCCCGACAUAAUGAGCCCCAUGCCGGUGUAUCCUGCAGGGGUGCUGCUGGUGUGCAACAGCUGCGUUGCCUAUCAGCAGCUGCUGGAGGCCCAGUCGCCGAUGCGGAAAUGGGCUCUGCGGAGGAAGAACGAGCCCGUGGAGGCUCGCAUGCACCGUCUGGAGCGCGAGCGCACGGCGAAGAAGAACAAGCGGGCGUGUGAGACGGACGAGGAGAAGGAGCUGAGGAGGCUGCGGGACCGCGAGGCCAAGCGCAUGCAGCGGAUGCAGGAGAGUGAGGAGCAGCGGUCGCGCCGGCUGCAGAGGGACAGGGAGGCCAUGCGUCUGAAGAGGGCCAACGAGACGCCGGACAAGAGGCAGACGAGGCUGAUCCGCGAGAGGGAGGCCAAGAGGAUCAAGCGGCGACUGGAGAAGAUCGACCCUGCCCUGAGGACCCAGAUAGAGCACGAUCCCGCCGCCAUGGCCGCGCUCACAGCUGACAUGAGUCUCUUUCAGUUCCCCUGCCCCAUGCCGGUCCCUUCCAUGGAUAACGGCCUGUUCAUGAAGCUGCCCUGAUCGCACCAGGCCUCUGGGGGAAGGGUUUUAUGACAAACUGGCUUCUGAGCAGCAUCACUAACCUCUGCCCUCCACCAACACGCUGUCGUGGUCACAGCAAAAAACCACCAUUCCUCGCUGGUUUACUCCCAGCGUCUUCUGUGUCUAACAGAUUCACAAACUGUGUGGUGAAUACAGUUAAAAAAAAACGACAUCAGUUUCUAAUUUAUUACAGCGGAGGAAACCUUGGAAACAGGGUUGAGAAUGUUUCAUAAUGGAUGGAUGAUGACAUAAAAGCAUGUUGUAAAGAGAUUUAUCUUUUUUCUGUGGACUCUCAGAUUUAACACAGUUCAUUCUAGAAGGAGCAGUUGUACUUCCUUUGAGGGGAAAUUUCUAAAAAAAGUCUUUUGCACAUGGACCUUCAGUAAAAGGGAACCGGGGACUCUGUAGCCCCAGCGCCCUCCUCUCUGGUCCACUCCCGCCAGCCCAGUGACUCGGGUUUACCGGUAGCUACACCUCUCUCUUCAAGCUGCCACCGAGGGUCCCUGGGAAGUUCACCUUCAGUAAAAAAACGACUACCUCAGCCGGGGCCGUGGUCCCGUGGCUCACCGCGCUCCCACUCCCAAGCUUCCAAAGCUCUACACGUACUGUUCACUACGACAGAGGACGGGUUGUUUCCCCACAGUUUGUGUUUGCAUGGAUCACUCAGGCACUUUAAUAGGACACAAACAUUCACAGGGACGAGCGACUGAUGUACAGAAACACACCGGUACUACACAAACUUCUUAGGGUUGAUGGUAAUGUUUAACAGACACACUCUGAAUGUUUUGUCCUAUUGAACUCGCCCCGUGUCGAGCAACAUCCCCCCCCCCCAUCUCCUGAGUUGUACAUUUGCUUCUUUACAUUCUCUUUGCCAAUAUUUGUUUUUUCUUUACGCUGUUAAACCUUUCGCCAGUGUCAUGAAUAAUUUUGACUUUGUGUUACAGAGGAUUUCUCUGGCUCUCACAAACCGCUGCUGUUCUUGUACUGUACAAUACAUUAGUUACCUCUUGUGUAUUUGGGGCUCAUCACUCACAUUUAGGAGUGUUGUGCUUAAAUGUUCUGUUCAAGUGGAGCAGCACCGGAACACGUUACCCAUUACUUGAACUCUGCCCAUAAAAGAUGCAUUUUUUGUUUCCCUGAUGACGGAUCAAUGACGAUAUGAAACAGGACCACUUUCGUUAUAUUUCCUCUGUCCUUUCCUCAGAAACACAUCUGUUGAAUCACGACAGGCGGGAAUUAUUUUAACCUCGUGUUCCGAUUUUAAUUUUGUAUUUCCCCAUCUGCUACCGAGCACUGAGGCUAAAUCCAAGUCCGUUCUGGGAGAGAUUUUAUUCAUCGGUGUUCAUUAACCUCAUUCCAGCACAUAUUUAUGCAAUAUGAUGUGAAUAUAUUUUUCUCGUGGAAAUAUUUGGGUUGCUUUGUUUUCCGUCAAGUGGUAUCAAAUCAUUUCCAUGAAUGUGUUGAAUUAGAGGCCAUGUUUGGAUGAUCCCGUGUUUUAAUAUCCUGCCUGUAAAGUUACCUCCAGCUUGUUUUGACUUCACCUCACCAGAUGCAAAUGGUCAUAGCGUCGGAGAUGAGCGUGGCUGAAACACUCUUCUACAACUAUCAGAGACGGGGGGACGAGUGCUGGUCCUGUUUGAGUCACUCCUAGACCAGAGUCCCUCGACCUGGCGGCUUGUUGCAGAAAACAUAACGAGUGACGAUGAAAACAAAUUGGGAUUUUUUUUUCUUGCGUCUCAUCCUCAGAGACUCUUCUAGGAGUGCAUCAAGCCUCUAUGCAACAGAUUAAGGGAAAUUAAGUCACUUUUCCCCUGAAACUAUGCAGAAUGCGACUUUAAUUCAAACAGACUUCAAUGUUAAAGAGUUUAGCUUCUCAGGCAAUUUAACUCAGUGAGAGGGUUCAGAGCCUCGAUGCAACACCCUGGUCCAUAAGAAUCAUUUAGAGGUCGAUCACACGAUGAGACGGAGACGGGCUCCGGAGACAGUCUGCCUCCUGAGAUGUGUCCCCUCUCUGCGGCUCAGCACACGAAAGCAACAGGGUCUCACUGCCAUCCUGCUCAUGACACACCGAGGGGAGAUCAGUGUUCUCGACAGGUGUCACUUGUCUCUUCUCUCAGACUGAAUUCUGGGUAUUCUCUCCGAGGUCGCUCUCGGAAACUGCUGUGAUCCCUUUGGUCCCCCCCCCAGCAGCAGAAUAACGGGACAGGAAACGUCAGCAUCCGAAAAAUACUCCCGCUAAGGAAAGUAGGAGGAACCCGGGAGAGACGCUGGUCUUUUUUACAAGCAGUACGCUCCGUGUGGAUUAAAUAAGCACUGCAUGUCGUGAAACUGCACUUGUCCUAGAAUGGUUCGAUAUGAGCUUGUGUUCUACUGUUAGUUUAUGCCUGCCUGUUUUUUACAGUUAAGUCAAAAGAACGAUGUUGUCGAUGACGUCGGCCUUUCUAUAGUAAUUCUAUCAGGAUUUUCUCUCGAUGUCCAUGUUUACAGAACAAAUCUCGCUGAACAAGGCCAAAUGAAUGAGCUAAACUGCAAAUGAGAACAUUCACGCUCGCCGUGAUAUCAAUGCAUUCUGACUGGAUGGGCCUCUGGGGGCGCCAUCCUCUGUUACUGGAUUAACAGAUGUACAGACCACGAUGAAACAUGAAGAAUGUGGAAAUAAACAUCUUUACUACAAUGAA